ACUUUCCACACUCGGCAGGAAAACUAAGACUAUCCAUCGGGUUCGGCUUUCGCUUGCUAUAUACUAAGUUGGUUCACGAUGAAGACUAUCUUGAAAGCACACUUGCUGACUGUCAUCUGUUUCUUGGCGCAAGAUGCCGCAUGUAAGCAAAGCAAGAUUAUCGACAUGACGCAUCUGUACGCCAACGAGGGCAUGACGUUCGGAUUGCACCCGGGGCUGGCGCACUACAAUCUAACGCUGGGAUACAAGGCGACUAACGACUUGGGCGUAUACUCCGAAUUGAAUAACUUCUGCACGGGAGAGCACACGGGUACGCACAUCGACGCACCGCGCCACAACGUCCUCGGUCGUAAGGGCAUUGACGAGCUUGCCCUGGAUGACCUCAUCGGCGACGCGGUGGUCAUCGACGUGUCCGACAAGGCGGCCGAGAAUCCAGACUACCAGUGUACGGUCACGGACAUCCGCUUGUGGGAGUCCCGUCACGGCGUCAUACGUGCCGACAGCAUCUUCCUGCUCUACACGGGCUGGCAGAAGUACUGGGGAAACGACAGGCAGUAUCUAGGCACGGACACGGGCGACUGGAAGCUGCUGCGAUUCCCCGGCCUUCAUCCUAAGGCGGCCACCUUCCUGCUGGAGUCCCGCUCGAUCAAACUCUACGGCGUCGACACUCUGUCCGGCGACUACGGACAAGGCGUUCACGAGAAGCUGGUGCACAUGACUCUGCUCGGUGCCAACGUACCGAUCAUAGAAAAUGUGAUGAACCUGGACAAGUUACCGCCACGAGGAGCGACGGUGUUCGCGAUACCGAUGAAAAUCAAAGAUGGCAGCGGCGCUCCGACGCGCCUGUUUGCGAUGAUAGAUAGUGGCGCCGCUUGGUAUCACUUGAGCCAAGUUCUGCUCAUUGCAGCAUCCACAGUCGCUGCCAGCUUCACCAGAGUUCAGAUAUAUUAGAGAUGUAUUAGUUCAGAGAUAUUAUUUUUCUGCAUUAUAUUAAUUAUAUUAAAUUAUAUUAUAUACUGCAUUAUAUUAAA